GGAGUCCAAAUCUAACUAACAAUUUCCUCGAUUCCUACGUUUUGAUGACACUUUCCUCUUUUCUCUUCAGUUUUCACUUCUCGCUUCUCUGAAAUGGAGCUCAGUACUGUAAGAGAUGCAUUUGAUCGUGUUGUAAAGAAGCAAAAGCUGUCAUCAUCAAAAUCCCAAGAAGUAAUUGAUCAGAUCAGUCAUGUGGUUGAACAAGCAUUAUCAAAACUUGAGUCAAUUGGAGGCUCCAUAUCUCUGGUUGAUCAGAAAUCCAUACUUAUAGAGUUGAAGGAAAAGCUGAGUGCAAUGUGUACGGUUGACCAGCUAGAAGGGUCACAAAAGGAACUGAAGUAUUCAAAACUCUUUGAAGGGUCACAAAAGGAGCUGAAUUUUGAGCUGAGCAAGUAUUUAAAAAUCCUCGAAAAAUCUUUCAAUCCUGAUAUUUCCAGGACAUAUAUAAAUGAUGAUUUUGACUUCCAUCUGGUGAAUCAGAUAUUAGGUUGCCAUUUUUACCGGCUAGGCCACUUUGAUGUUGGAGAUUGCUUAAUAAGUGAGGCUGGAGAACCAGAAGCAGCAGUUUUAAGAUCUCAAUUCUUGGAAUUGCAUCAAAUACUAAACGCUAUUAAGGUUAAAAACCUCGAUCCUGCUCUUAAAUGGGUCUCCUCCAACCGUGAAAAACUCGAGAAGAUCUGUUCAAAUCUCGAGCUGAAAAUCCAUUGUCUACAGUUUCUGGAAAUUUUAAAGGGAGGAAAUCGAGUUGAUGCGCUAAAGUACUCUAAAACGCAUCUUUCUCCGUUUGCUUCGCAUCACAUGAAAGAGCUUCAAAGGGUUACAGUUUCAGUUCUAUGGACUCGUAAGCUCGAAAACUAUCCACAUUCCGAAUUGUUGUCACCAAUUCACUGGGAGAACUUGUCGGAGGAACUGACCCGCGAUUUCUGCAAUCUCAUAGGACAGUCCUGCGGGAGCUUAUUCAGCUUGGUAAUAGCAGCCGGGUUUGAUGGGCUGCCAACCCUUUUGAAGCUAGCUGAAGUUAUGUCUAUAAAGAAGCAGGAGUGGCAGGCAAUGAAGCAGCUACCUGUGCCGGUGGAGUUAGGAAGAGAAUUUCACUUUCAUUCCGCUUUUGUUUGUCCAGUGAGUCGCGAGCAAAGCAGCGAUGAAAACCCACCGAUGUUGAUGCCAUGUCAGCAUGUUCUCUGCAAGCAAUCGAUCACCAAGAUGUCGAAAGGCACCUCUCAGAGAUUUAAGUGUCCGUACUGCCCGGCCGAGGCGACCGUCGCACAAUGCAGGCAACUACAUCUAUAAUUGUUUAUAGGAUUUGCUUAGGAUACUGGAAGGUGGAUUUGGUAAUUUUAAGAUAUAGAUUCUCUUGUGGAUUUCUGUAUAUAGACAUUCUUUUUGAAUGUCCUUUAUUUUUUUAUUUUCUGCAUAAAUACCAAAGAAAGAAAGAAAAAACCUGUUUAUUUGUGAAAAUGAUAGAUAAUGCAAUGAAGUAAUAAGCAAUUUAAAGCUUAUGCAUGAUUUCAGUACAA